AUGGUUAGGUAUAAUUACAUUGAGAAGCAUUUGUAUAUGAAUGAUCUUUCUGUGUGUGUGUGUGUGUGUGUGUGUGUCUCUCUCUGUCUAUACCUGCCUGCCUGUCUGCCUGCCUGCAUGCAACAGAAAGUACUCUAUUUGUAUUAGUGUAAAAACCCAGGAGUCAGUUGGCUGUGAGAUACAGACAGGAACCUUUCCUCCUGUUCUCUGCAGCAUGUAAAUAGCAACACCUCAAUCAAUGUCCGUCUGGGCCUUUCUGCUCCCAGCCCCACCGGAGUGCAGCUAUUGACUUCUCUUGCAUGCAAACCAGCAGGUUAAGCCUGCGACUGGCUCCUCCAUCAGCUCCAUGACGGCUCAAAACCUCCAUUAGAGUAUUUGUUACUAUACUGGGGCUCAGCACCUCAGAGUGGAACCCUGCUGGGAUCGGAGAGGGGCUGUAAUAAUGAAACUGAUUGCAAGAUUAAAGGAGCAAGAAAAUAAGGUAAGGGACUGUACGUUAUUUAUAAUGUGUGGAUACCUGGAGCAAAUCUCAUCUCUCUGAAAUGAAAAUGGAUGGCCCCCCCUGAACGCUUGAAAAAAAGUGACCCUCCCCUAUACCCAAAAUAAUAAUUAAAACAUAAAGUGGAUAGCACUUUACCUUCACUCUCAGGACAGACCGGAGCCUUAAAUAUGUAGUUUUAGAAACUGUUCUUUGUUUAUAAGCAUUACAUGGCAAAGUAGCAAGAAGGUUGACGAUUCGCAGACCACCAUGGACAAUGGCGGGCGAAAACAUAUCCAUUAUAAUAAAAGCACUGCAUUAAUCUAUCAUCUUACUAUUAAUCCGAGAAAAAUUGCCUUUUAUAAACGCAUUUCAUGCAAUUCUAUGUAAUUUUACAUCACUGGAGCCAAGCAGAAUCUUUUUUAAUACCACAACAGAGCAUGACAAACAAUGAGCGCAUGCUGCAGCAACGGAGACGUUUUGAUUUCUAUACAGGCUAUUGUAAAAAAAAUAGGAUAGUCCAUGUUUGGAACAGUGCUAAAGUUGUUGAUCAACUGUAAAAAUGUAGCGCAACAGAACCAGUUACAACUGAAGUAUCUGAUCAUCAAUGAAUUUGAGAAAAAGCCAUUCAUUGUUUAACACAGCAGCCAUAUAUCAUCAGGUAGGCCUAUAUGCACUUGUUAAAAAAAACAUUUGGGAAACUAUCUUUUUCUAAUUUAUUCUAUUUUAUUUUAUGAUAUUGUUGUCACAAAAUAGAUGUGUGUUGACUGUGAUUAGGGCAUGGGACUAUAAAAGCAUCUGCAAGGCUAAAUUAACUAACUACAUUUACAUUUUCGGCAUGCAUAGCUCACCACAUGAUCCUCAAACCAAAGAUUGGCCAAACUCAUGUUUCUAAAAGUGACUUCAAAGGCACUGUAGAAUGACUGUAUAGCCUAAUAAGGCAUUUUUUGUUUCAUUAUUAUGAUGCACAUGGGACGCUGCCCAUGUGCGCCUGCAACGGGCCAUCGGGCGACAGAAGACGAGCCAGUGAUGUAAUUUUCCACCAUAAUUUGCAAAUAAAUUCAUUAAGAAUCCUACAAUGUGAUUUUCUGGAUUUUUUUUCCUCAAUUUGUCUGUCAUAGUUGACGUGUACCUAUGAUGAAAAUUACAGGCCUCUCUCAUCUUUUUAAGUGGGAGAACUUGCACAAUUGGUGGCUGACUAAAUACUUUUUUUCCCCCACUACCUCGUUCAGUCUCCUCAGGACUUUAAAUGGCCCCACAAACCACGGACCCAGCUUCCAGCAGGGCAGGCGAAGGGACAGGUUUCGGGUCGAGAGCCAGACCCGGUCCCCCGGUGCAUACAUCGGGGCCUCACUGCGGUGGCGGUCGGCGCUCGUCUUCUGUCGCCCGAUGGCCCGUUGCAGGCGCACAUGGGCAGCGUCCCAUGUCUCCUUCAAGCGCCGAAACCAUUCCUCCACUGCAGGUGCCUCGAUCUGGCUCUGAUGCCACGGUGCCAGGAUCGGCUGAUAACAUAGUACACACUGAAACGGAGACAGGUUAGUGGAGGAGUGGCGGAGGGAGUUUUGGGCCAUCUCUGCCCAGGGGAUGAAAGCCGCCCACUCCCCCGGCCGCUCCUGGCAAUAGGACCGCAGAAACCUACCCACAUACUGGUUAACUCUCUCCACCUGCCCAUUACUCUCGGGGUGAAACCCUGAGGUCAGGCUGACCGAGACCCCCAGACGUUCCUGGUGCACCUUGCGCACCAGGGACACAUGCUCGGCACGUGUAGCGGAGUAUAUUAGAAUGUCAUCUAUAUACACCACUACAUCCUGCCCGUGCAGGUCCCUGAAAAUCUAGUCUACAAAGUAUUGGAAGACUGACGGAGCAUUCAUCAACCCGUACGGCAUGACGAGGUACUCAUAGUGCCCAGAGGUGGUACUAAAUUCCGUCUUCCACUCAUCCCCCUCCCGGAUACGCACCAGGUUGUACGCGCUCCUGAGAUCCAAUUUGGUGAAGAAGCGCGCCCCGUGCAAUGACUCGGUCACACUGGCUAUGAGAGGCAGCGGGUAACUGUAAUUCACUGUGAUCUGAUUUAUACCUCGAUAGUCAAUGCACGGGCGUAAGCCUCCAUCCUUCUUCUUCACAAAAAAGAAACUCGAGGAGGCAGGUGAAGUGGAAGGCCGAAUGUAUCCCUGUCCCAGAGAUUCGGAGACAUAUGUUUCCAUAGCCGCCGUCUCCUCCUGUGACAGAGGAUACACGUGACUCCUGGGAAGUGCUGCGUCUACCUGGAGAUUUAUCACACAAUACCCCCGUCGAUGGGGUGGUAAUUGAGUCGUCUUCUUUUUACAGAAGGCGAGAGCCAAAUCGGCAUAUUCGGGGGGGAUGUGCAUGGUGGAGACCUGGUUUGGACUCUCCACCGAAGUUGCACCUAUGGAAACACCUACACACCUCCCUGAGCACUGACGUGACCAUCCCUUCAGAGCCCUCUGUUGCCACGAAAUAGUGGGGUCAUGAUAGGCCAACCAGGGAAGCCCCAACACCACAGGAAACGCAGGAGAAUGAUCAGGAAGAGACUAAUACUCUCCUCAUGACCCUCCUGCGUUAUCAUACAUAGUGGAGCUGUGACCUCCCUAAUCAGGCCCGACCCUAAAGGACGACUAUCUAAGGCAUGUACAGGAAAGGGCACAUCAACAGGAACAAUAGGGAUCCCUAAUCUAAGUGCAAAUGAAUGGUCAAUAAAGUUCCCAGCUGCGCCUGAAUCUACUAGCGCCUUAUGCUGGGAAUGCGGGGAAAACUCAGUAAACUCUAUACAGACAUACAUGUGCGCAACAGGGAGCUCUGGGUGAGUCGGGUGCCUACUCACCUGGGAUGAUCCACCAGUGCCCUGCCUGCUGCUUCGACUCCCUGGGGAACCUCCCCAGCACCGACCAGCAGUGUGCCCUCUGCAGCCACAGGUGGUGCAGGAAACGGCCCCCCUUAGAGCAGCACCGCCGAGCUCCAUAGGUGUAGACUCGGAGGUGCUGGGGGAUGGAACGGACAGACCCCAAUCCGAGCGUCCGCGGGUGGCCAACAGGUUAUCCAGCCAGAUGGAUAAAUCCACCAGCUGAUCGAGGGUAAGGGUGGUGUCCCUGCAGGCCAGCUCCCGACGAACGUCCUCCCGUAGACUACAACGGUAAUGGUCGAUCAGGGCCCUCUAAUUCCCUCCCGCGCUGGCAACCAGGGUCCUGAAAUCCAGUGCGAAGUCCUGUUCGCUCCUCUUCCCCUGUCUGAGAUGGAACAAGCGUUCCCCCGCCGCUCUUCCCUCAGGCGGAUGAUCGAAGAACGCCUGGAAGCGGUGGGUGAACUCCUCGUAGCGAACCAACGUUGCAUCUAUCCCCUCCCCAUUCGGCGUUGGCCCACUCCAGCGCUUUCCCCGACAAACAGGAGAUGAGGGCGGACACUCUCUCGUAUCCCGAGGGAGCCGGGUGGACGGUCGCCAGGUAGAGCUCCACCUGGAGCAGGAACCCCUGGCACCCGGCAGCCAUCCCAUCAUAGGCCUUCGAGAGCGAGAGCCGAAUCCCACUGGGUCCAGGUGACGGAGGGGUGGACAGCGGUGUGGGUUGAGGUGAAGUUGAUGGGGGUGUGGGAAAACCCUCUCUCUCCCAUCGUUCCAUGGUGUGCAGCACGCGAUCCAUGGCUGUGCCCAGAUUGUGGAGCAUCGUCGCGUGCUGCUGGACGCGCUCCUCCACCGGUAAUGAAGGACUGGGUGCACCUGCUGACUCCAUAGGAGGUGCGUGAUUCUGUCAGGUGUCAGUGUGCAGCGGUAGGACGGAGUCAGGCACAGGACACAGAACUGAGUAACAAACAAACUUUACUCGAAAAUAAACAAUUCUAAUUUCCACGCAGGGAAAUACACCAGCUCACAGCAGUAAUAAACACAAAACAAAGAACAAUCACGCACAAAACCAUCAGGGAACCAGAGGGUUAAAUAGGGUAAUAAUCAUAACGUGAUGGGAACCAGGUGUGUACAAUCAAGACAAAACAAAUGGAAAACAGAAACGUAGAUCGGUGGCAGCUAGAAAGGCUGGUGACGACGACCGCCGAUAACAAGGAGAGGCACCAACUUCGGCGGAAGUCGUGACAGUAGGCCUAUAAUAUGUUAGUUACACCAAAACACAUUCUCAGUCAUUUCUUAUCUGAAGCUGAAUAGUCAAAUAUUUUCCUCAUGCGGCCAAAACUCAACUUUGCUUUGAUUGAAACAAAAUAGGCCUACAAGAAAUGCUAAUAGAUUGUUAACACCAUCUGCUAUAAUUCGUUCGCAAAACAGUUAUUCAAGAAGAUCUAAAUGCAUACUCCCAUGAAACUGAUUGAGGUCAAAUGAUUGGCAUGCAGUUUGGACAUUUCACCGGUAAAACGUGAAGAAUUAUUUUUCACGAUUGACAGUGAUAAUGGCCUACUUUGAAAUGAUAUAUGCCUAACUUGGUGUCACAUCUGCUCCUGCAAUGCCUUCUACUGUCACGCCCUGGCUCUGGGGACUCUUAAAUGUUGAGCCAGGGUGUGUAGUUUCUAUGUUGUGUUUUCUAUGUUUAGUUUCUAGAUCGUUUAGAUCUAUGUUGGCCAGGGUGGUUCCCAAUCAGAGGCAGCUGUAGUUCGUUGUCUCUGAUUGGGGACCAUACUUAGGUAGCCUGUUGGCACUAGUGGGUUGUGGGAUCUUGUUCCGUAUAGGUUUGUUGUGUGUAACCUUAAGACUUCACGUAUUGUUUGUUUGUUGUUUUAUCGUGUUUGCACAGUUAUAAUAAACAUGUACGCUUAUCACGCUGCGCCUUGGUUCGACCAAUCUUUAAACGUUCGUGACAGAAGAUCCCACCAAAUGAGGACCAAGCAGCGUGUCCAGGAGCAGACAGCCUGGUCCUGGGAGGAGAUCCUGGACGGGAAGGGAUCCUGGACUUGGGAGGAGAUUCAGGCCGGAAUGGAUCGCCGUCCUUGGGAGGAGACAGUGGAGGCGCGCUAUAGAGAGGAGCAGCGGCAACGCAGAAGGUGCCGGCCGAGGAGGAAGCCCGAGAGACAGCCCCAAUAAAAAAAAAUUGGGGGGGGCUAAAAGGGUGGUUGGCGGAGCCUAGUGUUAGAGCAGAGCCAACUCCCCGUACUCAUGCAAGGAAGUGUGUGACUGGGCAGGCUCCGUGUUAUGCGGAGCUACGUACUGUGCCGCGAGUGUUCCGGCACAGUCCUGUACGUCCUGUGCUAGCACCACGCACGUGUCAUGCGAAGAUGGGCAUUCAGCCAGGACGGGGUGUGCCGGCUCAACGCUCGUGGUCUCCAGUACGCCUCCUCGGUCCCAUAUAUCCUGCGCCGGUGCUACGUACUGUAUCGCCAGUACGCGUGCACAGCCCCGUACGUCCUGUGCUAAUGCCUCACACAUAUUGUGUGGAAGUAGGCAUCCAGCCAGGACGGGUUGUGUCAGCUCUCCGCUCCAGAUCUCCAGUCCGCCUUCACAGUCCGGUACGGCCCGUUCCUGCUCCCAGCACCAAGCCAGUGGUGCGUGUUCCCAGUCCGGCCCGGCCCGUUCCUGCUCCCCGCACCAAGCCAGUGGUGCGUGUCCACAGUCCGGUACGGCCCGUUCCUGCUCCCCGCACCAAGCCAGUGGUGCGUGUUCCCAGUCCAGCCCGGCCCGUUCCUGUCCAUCGCACCAAGCCAGUGGUGCGCGUCUCCAGCCCAGUCCGGCCUGUUCCUGGCCCUCGCAUCAAGCCAGUGGUGCGUGUGUCCAGUCCGGCACGGCCCGUGCCUGUUCCACCGGUGCCUGGUCCGGCAUCGGUCAGCGGCUCCACGUCGGAGUCAGAGCAGUUCGCUCCACCGUCGUCGGGUCCAGCUCCAGUCAGCGGUUCCAGUCCAGACCCAGACGUCAGCCCCUCUCUAGGUUCGGGGUCUCCCACACCAGGGUCCAGACAGGGCUUGGUACUUCGUGGGAGGAAGGAGAGGGGAAGCAGCGCGCCGAGGUCCAGACCAGACCAGGGGCGCAACAGGGAGGCGGAUAAUAGGUGGUGGUCACGCCCGGAGCCGGAUCCGCCUCCGAGGCGGAAUGCCCACCCGGCCCCUACCCUGUUAUGUUUAGGUUGCGCGGUCUGAGUCUGCACCUUUGGGGGGGGGGGGGGGGGGGGGGGGGGGGGUACUGUCACGCCCUGGCCCUGGGGACUCUUAAAUGUUGAGCCAGGGUGUGUAGUUUCUAUGUUGUGUUUUCUAUGUUUAGUUUCUAGAUCGUUUAGAUCUAUGUUGGCCAGGGUGGUUCCCAAUCAGAGGCAGCUGUAGCUCGUUGUCUCUGAUUGGGGACCAUACUUAGGUAGCCUGUUGGCACUAGUGGGUUGUGGGCUCUUGUUCCGUAUAGGUUUGUUGUGUGUAACCUUAAGACUUCACGUAUCGUUUGUUUGUUGUUUUGUCGUGUUUGCACAGUUAUAAUAAACAUGUACGCUUAUCACGCUGCGCCUUGGUUCGACCAAUCUUUAAACGUUCGUGACAUCUAUUGCUCAUCCUGUGUCUCCUUGACCUGCCGCCACUCCCCCAGUACUCUAUCCCUCUCCCUCUCCCUUUCUCUCUCUCUCUCUGUGUGUGUGUGUGUGUGUGUGUGUGUGUGUGUGUGUGUGUGAUUGUGUGGGUAGAGACAGGUGUGCUGGAGUCAGAGCAGAUCCCCAUCAGCUGCAACCUGUUCCAUAAUCAAGACCUCUACAAAUACUCAGUCCUGCCACUUCCACACUGCCAGAUCGUAAUCUCUGCUCAGUCAGUCUACGGUUCUAGCCGUUUGUUACUUUCAGACCUGUUGUGCCUGUUUCCCUUUCCUGACCUGUUUUCCUCUCCACACCGUUUGCCCCGCCUGACCUGGUCCCUGUCUCCAGUCCACAUGUCAUCAUCCUGCUACUCUGUCUGGAUUCCCCCUCUACUACUCCCUUGGGUUCCCUCGGGCCUCUCACCCGUCUCACCCCCUCGAUGACUUUCCGGUUCCCUUCCUCCAUUCCCCGCCCAAAAAUGGUUUUUCCCCCUUUCCCCGCCCACCCUUUCCCCGUUCCCGUCCAUGCUAAAGGACGACUAUCUAAGGCAUGUACAGGAAAGGGCACAUCAACAGGAACAAUAGGGAUCCCUAAUCUAAGUGCAAUGAAUGGUCAAUAAAGUUCCCAGCUGCGCCUGAAUCUACUAGCGCCUUAUGCUGGGAAUGCGGGGAAAACUCUGGAAACUCUAUACAGACAUACAUGUGCGCAACAGGGAGCUCUGGGUGAGUCGGGUGCCUACUCACCUGGGAUGAUCCACCAUGCCCUGCCUGCUGCCUCGACUCCCUGGGGAACCUCCCCAACACCGACCAGCAGUGUGCCCUCUGCAGCCACAUGUGGUGCAGGACACGGCCCCCCUUAGAGCAGCACCUCCGAGCUCCAUAGGUGUAGACUCGGAGGUGCUGGGGGAUGGAACGGACAGACCCCAAUCCGAGCGUCCGCGGGUGGCCAACAGGUUAUCCAGCCAGAUGGAUAAAUCCACCAGCUGAUCGAGGGUAAGGGUGGUGUCCCUGCAGGCCAGCUCCCGACGAACGUCCUCCCGUAGACUACAACGGUAAUGGUCGAUCAGGGCCCUCUCAUUCCCUCCCGCGCUGGCAACCAGGAUCCUGAAGUCCAGUGCGAAGUCCUGUUCGCUCCUCUUCCCCUGUCUGAGAUGGAACAAGCGUUCCCCCGCCGCUCUUCCCUCAGGCGGAUGAUCGAAGAACGCCUGGAAGCGGUGGGUGAACUCCUCGUAGCGAACCAAACGUUGCAUCUAUCCCUCCCCAUUCAGCGUUGGCCCACUCCAGCGCUUUCCCCGACAAGAUUCCUGUUGUGCCUGUUUUUCAGAUCCCUGCCUGACGCUGUUUUCCUCUGCGACUCUGUUUUCCUCUCCACUACCGUUCUGCCCGCUCUGACUCUGGUCCCUGUCUCCAGUCCCACAUGUCAUCAUCCUGCUACUCUGUCCUGGAUUCCCCACUCUACUACUCCCUUGGAUUCCCCUCCGGACCUGCUCACCCCGUCUCAACCCCCCUCGCUCCAGCCGCAGCCUCCGCACCUGGUUUCCAGCAGUUUCCCCUGACCUGCACUCCAUCUCCCCCCUGCGUCUCAAUAAAUACCUUGGUUACUUCAUCCCAGUCUCCUCGUCUGAGUCUGCUCUUGGGUUCCCCUGUUCCACUACGCGUAACAGUACAAUCUGGCCAAAGAGAUUAACCCAGCAGACUCUGCUACUCUCCACCAAACUCUCGUCGGCCAAGGUGCCCUGCUCGAGCAACAUGACCAAGCCCUGAAGACCCUUCUGGAGCACAUCAAGGAGUUUUCGCAGAGCCUGUCUGACCUACAGGGCCGACCCUGCGCCCAGAGCUCACAACCUGUUCCAAGUCCUUCUCCUCCGCUCCGGGAGCCGUUUGUUUAGACUCCCGAGCGUUACGAUGGCAACCUCGGAGCCUGCAGAGCCUUUUUUUUGGUACAAUGUUCACUAGUAUUUGAGCAACAGCCCUACUCUUAUGCUAGUGAACGGGCCAAGAUUUCCUUUCUGAUUGGCUGCCACGGCGGUUUGGGAGAGACAGUCCCCCAUCUGCUUCUCCUACUCCAGAUUCACGGAGGAGAUGAAGAAAGACUUCGACCACCCGGUCUGCGGUAAGUAUGGCGCUAAACGACUCCUGUCCCUCCGUCAAGGCCCCCAUAGUGUUGCUGAGAUGGCAUGGGAGUUCCGCACCCUCACCGCUGAGAGCGGCUGGAAUGAGGAGGCCCUUCAGGGAGCAUUCCGGAACGCGCUCACUGAGACCCUCAAGGACGUGUUGGUGUCCAGGGAUGAGCCUGAUGGACUUCAUGAACUCCUCUCUCUCGCUAUCCGCAUCGACAACCAUCUCCGGGAGCGUCGGAGGGAGAGGGUAGGUAGGGUUGCAUGUCCCAUAACAUCUGCUUCAGUGCCUUGUCCUCCUUCUCCGAAUGCAUAUCAUCCCCAGGCUCAUCCAGAUCCUGAACCCACGCAGCUCGGCCGGGCCCGUCUCUCUCCAGAGAAGAGGGAACGACGAUUUGGAGCUAGGAGCUGCCUAUACUGUGGCCAGGUUGGUAACUUUGUCUCCACUUUUUCCCUGCGUCCAGCAAAAGAGGGGGGCUCGCAGUAGUGGGGGCAUAUACAGUUGAAGUUGGAAGUUUACAUACACCUUAGCCAAAUACAUUUAAACUCAGUUUUUCACAAUUCCUGACAUUUAAUCCUAGUAAAUAUCCCCUGUCUUAGGUCAGUUAGGAUCCCCACUUUAUUUUAAGAAUGUGAAAUGUCAGAAUAAUUGUAGAGAGAAUGAUUUAUUUCAGCUUUUAUUUCAUUCAUCACAUACACACAGUUAGUAUUUGGUAGCAAUGCCUUUAAAUUGUUUAACUUCGGUCAAACGUUUCGGGUAGCCUUCCACAAGCUUCCCACAAUAAGUUGGGUGAAUUUUGGCCCAUUCCUCCUGACAGAGCUUGUGUAACUGAGUCAGGUUUGUAGGCCUCCUUGCUCGCACACGCUUUUUCAGUUCUGCCCACAAAUGUUCUAUAGGAUUGAGGUCAGGGCUUUGUGAUGGCCACUCCAAUACCUUGACUUUGUUGUCCUUAAGCCAUUUCGCCACAACUUCGGAAGUAUGCUUGGGGUCAUUGUCCAUUUGGAAGACCCAUUUGCGACCAAGCUUUAACUUCCUGACUGAUGUCUUGAGAUGUUGCUUCAAUAUAUCCACAUCAUUUUUCUUCCUCAUGACGCCAUUUAUUUUGCGAAGUGCACCAGUCCCUCCUGCAGCAAAGCACCCCCACAGCAUGAUGCUGCCACCCCCGUGCUUCACGGUUGGGAUGGUGUUCUUCGGCUUGCAAGCCCUCCUUUUUCCUCCAAACAUAACGAUGGUGAAUAUGGCCAAACAGUUCUAUUUUUGUUUCAUCAGACCAGAGGACAUUUCUCCAAAAAGUAUGAUCUUUGUCCCCAUGUGCAGUUGCAAACCGUAGUCUGGCUUUUUUAUGGUGGUUUUGGAGCAGUGGCUUCUUCCUUGCUGAGCGGCCUUUCAGGUUAUGUCGAUAUAGGACUCUUACUGUGGCUAUAAAUACUUUUGUACCUGUUUCCUCCAGCAUCUUCACAAGGUCCUUUGCUGUUGUUCUGGGAUUGAUUUGCACUUUUUGCACCGAAGUACGUUUAUCUCUAGGAGACAGAACGCGUCUCCUUCCUAAGCUAAGAGGCCUUGGCUGAUUUUUUUUUCAUUUUCGCAUGAUGUCAAGCAAAGAUGCACUGAGUUUGAAGGUAGGCCUUGAAAUACAUCCACAGGUACACCUCCAAUUGACUCAAAUGAUGUCAAUUAACCUAUCAGAAGCUUCUAAAGCCAUGACAUUAUUUUCUGGAAUUUUCCAAGCUGUUUAAAGGCACAGUCAACUUAGUGUAUGUAAACUUCUGACCCACUGGAAUUGUGAUACAGUGAAAUAAUCUGUCUGUAAACAAUUGUUGGAAAAAUUACUUGUGUCAUGCACAGAGUAGAUGUCCUAACCAACAUGCCAAAACUAUAGUUUGUUAACAAGACAUUUGUGGAGUGGUUGAAAAACGAGUUUUAAUGACUCCAACCUAAGUGUAUGUAAACUUCCGACUUCAACUGUACUGUUGAGCCAAAUCGCCUGCCCAUCUUCCGCCAGACCCCUGCUUGAAGGCAACCUUGUGUGGCAGAGCUUCCUGGACCGAGGUGUCGUUACCCAGUUGGGCCUGGACACUGUCCCACUCGAUUCACCCCUCGAUGCCAACGCUCUCAAUGGACAGCUCCUCACGCGUGUCUGUGAGAGAACCGUCCCGGUCAUCCUGCGUCUAUCUGGAAAUCAUCAGGAAAAUAUCAGUUUCCACAUAAUCGACUGUCCUUACUCUCCCCUGGUUCUUGGCCAUCCAUGGUUAAAGCUACACAACCCACAGAUUGACUGGACCGCCGGAAAGGUAACCACUUGGAGUUCAUUUUGUCACUCUAAUUGUUUAUAUUCUGCCCUUCUCCCUGCGUUGUCUGUGCCCCAGUUCAUUCCAGAACCUCCGGACCUGUCAUCAGUUCCUCCUGAGUAUCACAAUCUAGCUCCUGUAUUCAGCAAGUACCACGCCCUGUCGCUGCCGCCUCAUCAGCCGUACGACUGCGUCAUUGACCUCCAGCCUGGAGCUCCUCUACCCAGUAGCUGGUUGUUUAACCUCUCUCGUCCCGAGCAAGAGGCUAUGGAGAGGUACAUCCAGGAUUCUCUGGCUGCAGGACUUAUCAAGCCAUCUUCCUCCCCGGUGGGUGCUGGGGUUUUCUUUGUGAAGAAGGAUGGGUCACUGAGGCCGUGCAUAGACUUCCAUGGUCUGAAUAAUAUCACUGUUAAGAACAAGUACCCCUUGCCACUCAUCAGCUCUGCUUUUGCCCCCCUCCAUGGUGCCACUGUGUUUACCAAACUCGACCUCUGGAAUGCCUACCACCUUGUCUGCAUAAGAGAGGGGGACGAGUGGAAGGCUGCGUUCAACACAUCACUUGGUCACUUUGAGUAUUUGGUCAUGCCUUUUAGUCUUACUAACGCUCAUGCUGUUUUCCAGAACCUAGUCAAUGACGUGCUGAGGGAUGUGAUUGGACGCUUCAUUUUUGUCUAUUUAGAUGACAACCUGAUUUUUUUCCAAGGACCCUGAGGCUCACCAGCAACACAUUCGCCAAGUUCAUCAACGGCUGUUGGAGAAUACAUUUUUUGUUAAAGCUGAAAAAUGUGAGUUCCAUGCUGCCACAGUGUCUUUCCUGGGUUAUAUUAUUGCACAGGGACAGUUGCGUAUGGACCCCUCCAAGGUCAUGGCAGUCACAGAGUGGCCUGCGCCCUCCAACCUGAAGCAGCUGCAGCGUUUCCUGGGGUUUGCACAUUUUUACAGACGUUUCAUCCGUCACUACAGCCAUCUGGCAGCACCUCUCACCACUCUCACCUCCACCUCCACUCCGUUCCAUUGGACUCCUGCGGCAGAGGCAGCAUUCCUGGAACUCAAGCGUCGCUUCACCUGCGCUCCGGUCCUUACUCAGCCUGACCCAGAACUCCAGUUCAUCGUGGAGGUGGACGCCUCUGACACCGGGGUAGGUGCUGUUAUGUCUCAACGUUCCCCCUCUGAUCAGAAGGUCCACCCAUGUGCAUCAUUUUCCCGUAAGCUCUCACCUGCAGAGAGGAAUUUUAACAUUGGAAACCGGGAACUCCUGGCAGUUAAGUUUGCUCUGGAGGAAUGGCGUCACUGGCUGGAGGGCUCUGUAACCCCUUUCAUCAUGUGGACUGACCAUAAAAACCUGUCCUACAUCCAGACCGCCAAAUGUCUGAACUCCCGGCAAGCCAGGUUGGCCUUGUUCUUCGGUAGAUUCAAUUUAACACUCACUUAUUGCCCCAGUUCGAAGAAUACCAAGCCUGAUGCCCUCUCUCGCCAGUUCACCACCGACAACAUGGGUACCGAGCCAGAAGCCAUUGUGCCAUCCACCUGCAUUGUUGCCGCCGUCACCUGGGAGAUCGAGUCCCGUAUCCGCCAGGCUCAGCAGAACCAACCUGACCCGGGUAACGGUCCUAGUAAUGCUCUGUUUGUCCCAGAUUGUGUUCGCUCUGCUGUUCUUCAGUGGGGCCAUUCUACCCACCUCACCUGUCACCCUGGUAUGAACCGGACCCUCGCCUUCCUGCGUCAGCGCUUUUGGUGGCCCACCAUGGAGAGAGAUGUCCGGAAGUUUGUUGGCCUUCCCCCAUCUAACGGUAACUCAUUCAUCCUCACCAUUAUUGACAGGUCUUCCAAAAUGGCUGACUUCAUUCCCCCCUCUAAGCUCCCGUCCUCCAGGGAGACUGCGGACCUGUUAGUAUCCCAUGUGUUUCGUCUGCAUGGCAUCCCCACUGACAUCGUUUCCGACAGAGGACCCCAGUUUACCUCCCAGGUAUGGAGAUCCUUCUGUUCAGCUUUUGGUAUCAAUGUCAGUAUUUCUUCUGGAUGUAACCCCCAGACCAACGGCCAUACCGAACGGGCCAACUAAGAGAUGGAGACUGCCCUACGAUGCGUGACUUCUGCUAACCCUUCCUCCUGAAGCGCUCAGCUACCCGGGAUUGAAUAUGCCCACAACACCCUCCCCAACGCCUCGUCAGGUAUGUCACCCUUCGAGUGUGCUCUGGGUUACCAACCCCCCUUGUUCCCCGCCCAAGAGAUUGAGGUUGCGGUUCCCUCUGUCCAGGACCAUCUGCGCCGUUGUCACCUUACCUGGAGGAAGGCCCGGGCUUCCCUUCUUUGUGCCGCCGACAGGAUCCAGUCCCAAGCCAACUGGGUCAAAAGGUAUGGCUCUCAUCGAAGGACCUGCCAUUGAAGGUGGCACUGAAGAAACUUUCCCCCCGAUUCAUUGGUCCCUUUAAAAUUGACCGUGUCAUUAUCCCCUCUGCAGUGCACCUGAAACUCCCAGCCUCUCUCAGGAUCCAUCCUACAUUCCAUGUAUCCCUGAUUAAACCUGUCUGCUCCAGUCCCCUGUCUCCUCCGGCAGCAGCUCGUCCACCCCCUCGGCUCAUCGAUGACCAUCCUGCCUAUACCGUCCGGCGGCUUCUGGACGUGAGCCGUCAGGGUCAUGGCUGGCAGUACCUGGUGGACUGGGAAGGAUACGGGCCUGAGGAGCGCAGCUGGGUGCCCCGCCGUCACAUUCUGGACCCCUCCCUCUUACGGGAUUUCUAUACCUCACACCCAUAUAACCCUGGUCGGGCGCCAUGUAGAGAGGGGGGGGUGGGGGGGGGUACUGUCAAAUCUGCUCCUGCAACGCCCUCUACUGCUCAUCCUGUGUCUCCUUGACCUGCCGCCACUCCCCCAGUACUCUCUCCCUCUCCCUCUCCCUCUCUGUGUGUGUGUGUGUGAUUGUGUGGGCGGAGACAGGUGUGCUGGAGUCAGAGCAGAACCCCAUCAGCUGCAACCUGUUCCAUAAUCAAGACCUCUACAAAUACUCAGUCCUGCCACUUCCACACUGCCAGAUCGUAAUCUCUGCUCAGUCAGUCUACGGUUCUAGCCGUUUGUUACUAUUCAGAUCCUGUUAUCCUGUUGUGCCAGUUUUCCUUGCCUGACGCUGUUUUCCUCUCCGCUACAGUUCUGCCCGCUCGGACUCUGGUCCCUGUCUCCAGUCCCACGUCUCGUCAUCCUGCUACUCUGUUCUGGAUUCCCCACUCUAUUACUCCCUUGGAUUCCCCUCCGGACCUGCUCACCCUGUCUCAACCCCCCUCGCUCCAGCCGCAGCCUCCGCACCUGGUUUCCAGCAGUUUCCCCUGA